GAGGUUUCUCUCUCCUCCCCCUCCCCCUUUCUUAAAAGCUGCUUCCGGUUCUGCUGCUGCCAUCUUCUCUCUCUCUCUCUCUCUCUCUCUCUUUGAGGCGGUCGAGGACUUACAAAUGAAAUAAAGGCGGGCAGCCGAGGGAGGCGGGGGCAAAGGAAGAGGAGGGGAGCGGGAGAAGCCCUCGCUGACGCGCCAGCGCUGGGUGCCGCGGGGCCGGCCGUCAGGAGGAAGAAGCGCUCGGGCUUUCGUUCUGGAGCGCCGGAUCCUUCUUACGUCGGAGAGGCGCUGAGAGGACUGCGGGGCGCGAGUCAAAAAUUAAAAAUUAAAGUGGGGGGGAGGGAGAGGCGGCGUCUGGGCCGCGGGCGGGCGUGGACCUUCGCUGGCUGAGCUCACUUCUCUCGCAACCCCUCCAAGUUAUAAUCCCUCCUGCCCGUUUCUGGGCUGCGGGUCGGGAAGAAGCCGGGGCAGCGGCGGCGUUAGAAGACAUCUCCAACGCCCCCCCCCCCCCCCCCCCCCCCCCCGGUGUCCUCGCCUGCAACGUUGUUUUCUGGAGGCGUUUCCCUCGCUUUCCUUCCUUCCCGGGCUCGCUUCGCACAAAGCCAGCGUCUGGGUUCCGCUCUCCCGGCUGCCCCCGCCCCACCGCCUCCCCUCCCUCUCCUGCCUUCCUUCUUCUUCUUCUUCUCCUUCUCCUUCUUCUUCUUUUGGCUUCUUUUCACGCGAUGGGCCAGAGAAGGUCCCGGAACGACCCGCGGGCCGGCGCCUAGAACUCCGGCCGCAUUGCCUCUCCUGCUGCCGACUGCGUCUUUCCUGCCUUUAGCCGAGAUUCAUUCUUCUCCGGCUUUGAAGCCCGGCUCUGAAGCGCGGUCUGCACCGGACUCGGCAGGAAGAAAGGAGAGAGAGAGAGAGAGAGAGAGAGAGAGAGAAAGAGAGGCGAAAAGCCGCCCUCCAUCUGGGCUCUUGUGUUCCUGCUUCCAGGAGCCGGGAAGAAGGAAAGCUUGGACCAUGGGGAGCAGUAAAAGUAAACCCAAAGACCCUAGCCAACGGAGACGCAGUUUGGACUCCACAGAAAAUAUACAUGGCAGCUGCUCUACCUCUCAAACUCCCAGCAAAACGACCAUCCCAGAAACUCAUCGUACCCCUAGUCGGUUAUUUGGAAAUACAGCUACAGAACCAAAGCUCUUUGGGGGAUCAAAUACAUCAGAUAUGGUCACUUCUCCUCAGCGUUGUGGUGCUUUAGCUGGUGGAGUCACAACAUUUGUGGCCCUCUAUGAUUAUGAAUCACGGACAGAAUCAGAUCUUUCUUUCAAAAAAGGAGAACGCCUCCAAAUCCUCAAUAACACGCGAAAAGUGGAUGUCAGCAACCAGAUCUGGUUCAAAUUCAAAGGGCUGCAAAGGGAAGGAGAUUGGUGGCUGGCUCACUCCCUCACAACUGGCCAGAAAGGCUACAUCCCCAGUAACUACGUCGCACCUUCAGACUCCAUCCAAGCAGAAGAGUGGUAUUUUGGCAAGAUUACGCGCCGAGAAUCUGAACGAUUACUGCUCAAUCCAGAGAAUCCCCGAGGGACUUUUCUGGCAAGAGAGAGUGAGACCACAAAAGGUGCCUACUGUCUCUCUGUCUCAGAUUUUGACAAUGCCAAGGGCCUCAAUGUGAAGCACUACAAAAUUCGCAAACUGGACAAUGGUGGCUUUUAUAUCACAUCCCGUACACAGUUCAGCAGCCUUCAGCAAUUAGUGGCUUAUUAUUCCAAACAUGCAGAUGGUUUGUGCCACCGUCUUACCAAUGUUUGCCCAACCAGCAAGCCUCAGACACAGGGCUUGGCAAAAGAUGCUUGGGAAAUCCCCCGGGAAUCUUUGCGGCUAGAGGUCAAACUUGGACAAGGCUGCUUUGGAGAAGUCUGGAUGGGGACCUGGAAUGGUACCACCAGGGUAGCAAUCAAGACUCUAAAGCCUGGGACAAUGUCUCCAGAAGCAUUUCUACAGGAGGCUCAGGUUAUGAAGAAACUGCGCCAUGAAAAGCUGGUGCAGUUGUAUGCUGUGGUUUCAGAAGAGCCAAUUUACAUCGUAACAGAGUAUAUGUGCAAAGGGAGCCUCCUGGAUUUUUUGAAGGGAGAGAUGGGCAAGUAUCUGAGACUGCCCCAGCUGGUGGACAUGGCUGCACAGAUUGCCUCUGGCAUGGCCUACGUGGAAAGGAUGAACUACGUUCACAGAGAUCUCCGAGCUGCCAACAUCCUUGUAGGGGAGAACCUGGUAUGCAAAGUAGCUGACUUUGGACUGGCACGACUGAUUGAGGACAAUGAAUACACAGCAAGACAAGGUGCUAAAUUUCCCAUCAAAUGGACUGCCCCAGAAGCUGCUCUGUAUGGUCGGUUCACUAUCAAGUCAGAUGUUUGGUCCUUUGGAAUACUCUUGACAGAACUUGCCACCAAAGGCCGAGUACCAUAUCCCGGCAUGGUGAAUCGGGAAGUCCUAGAUCAAGUGGAACGAGGCUAUCGGAUGCCCUGUCCACCAGAGUGCCCAGAAUCUCUACACGAUCUGAUGUGCCAGUGCUGGAGAAAGGAUCCUGAGGAAAGGCCAACCUUUGAAUACCUCCAAGCUUUCCUGGAGGAUUACUUCACAUCAACAGAGCCCCAGUAUCAGCCAGGAGAAAAUCUAUAGGUCUGAGGACUGGACCAGUUGCCAGAAGACUUUAUGCUGCUCCAAUGGCAAAUGUGCUCUAGAGAGGAACUUUUGAGUCAUAUUAGGAUCCCUGCUAGAGUAUUAGCCAGGGUGUUUUCAUCAUUCUGGCAAUUUGCCCUUCUUUUUAAGGAUUGCACCAAUUUACUUUGUUUGUGGUUAACAAAAGUCUUGAUGGAUUGUGAAUGAACAAAGUCUCAUUUCAAUAUGAAGUUGGUUGUAGUACAGCAGAGGAGUUUCAGGAACACCAAAACUUUCUGCAAAAGAAAUAAAAUAAAUCAAGAGCAAGGAUCCUACUCCUGAAGGUCACUUAUUUUCAGGACUGUGUCCUCCAUCAAAACCACUCCUGACUAUGAUUAGAAGGAAUUGCAGUCAGGGCAAUCCUGCAUUUGAUGCAGGACCGUUCUGCAUCAAAGCACUUGAGUCAUUUCUGAUUGAAUGCGGAUGCUAAGGAAGUAUGCCUUUCAGACUCUCGUGGCUUUUGUUCUUCUUUAUGGACAAAACCAGCACAAUUUCCCUACUUGUAUUCAAAUAUCUGGAUCUAGGCUGACUGAAUCCAAGAAAAAAAAGAAAGAAAGUAGCUCGCUUCUAUUGUGGACACUGCACAUUUCGUGUGUUUGUAAUCCUCUCCUUUUUUUUAAUUUUUGACACCAUUUUCUUCUGUGCCUCUGUCUAUCCAGUCUUGUCCUGUAUGUGGAGGUGCACUUGCCAAUCUUAGCCAUAUAAUAGAUGGAACUGGAUGUAUUGGACUUGUUUAGAAAAGGUGUUGUUAUUUGCUUUCUGGCUGUAUAUGAAGUAAAGGACAUUCUUGGGGAAACCAUACCCAGCAUUUGCGUAAGAUAGGACAUAUAAUGUCAUAAAGCAAACAACGAUCCCCAAAUUGUUUUGGACAGUGAACUAGAUCUUGGACUGGAGGCUUGUCUUCCCAUCUAGCCCUUUAAUUCAAUAGACAUCUGAAAAUUAUCAGUUUCUUCAGCCCGUAAAAAGGGGUAAGGUGGCAGGAGCAUAAAUCCUUCUUUUCUCCACCCAUACUGAACUGCUAAGCUGUUAAUACCAGUUUCCUGCCUAGGAAAUAUUAGUCUUCCACAUAGCAUUCUAUAAAUUCUUUAAGCACACACUCAGCUCACAUCACUGCCUUUUAAUUUUAACCCAGUCUGGGAUUCCUCAGUGCCUUGGAAGCAUAAUACUGCAGCAGGAAGUGGCCUGUUGUGUUUACUAUCUAGUAUUAUAAUCAUGGUCUAAUCACUGCUUCAACGGCCAUUCAUUUUCUUUGCCAUGAUGUAUGCUUGAGCAACAUACACUGGAAGGACGGAAGUAAAAAUACUCAAAUAAAAUUUAGAAAAGCCUAUAUAAUUCUGCAAAAUCUGGUAUCCCUACCCAUGUUCCCCGUUCAGCCAUUUUAACUGUCUUCCCAGUUUAAGGAAUAUAAUUUCAGGGAUUUAAAUCCAGUCUCCUGAUCCAGAAAACAAAAUCUGCAAAAUCCAUGUGGGCUCCUUUCAGAGUGAUUCUUAGUCUUCCUUCUCCAACCUAACGUAUUUCAACUACUUUGGAUUAAAAACCCCAUCUGCCAGGAAGUGGAUGGUGAUAAUUGUGGUCAAAACAUAUGAAGAGAACUGUCUUUGAGGGAGGCUGCUAUAAGAAAUCUAAAACCCUGUUCUCUUAUUUUAUUUUCAAUAAAAAUUAAUAACAUUAAAAACUAAUGUACUAUGUAAGGUUUGGUAAAGGGAUCGUGAAGAAAUGAUUACUUAAUCUUACUUCUGGAGAGUAAGGUAAUUCUUUAAUUUUUAAACAUUCUUUUAGGGAAAAUCCUACAACAAUUUAAAUAAAAUUAAAAGCAUAAAAAUAGGGCAGUACAGUAAUGAAAAUCCUAUUCCAGUUAGAUCAUGCCAUUGAAGGUCAAAUGAUUUAGCAAAUCUUUGGCCUCUGUAUGAAGAUAUGAUGAUAGUGCUUGGUAAAAGUUAUUUGGUAGGUCUCUCCACAAUUUGAUAAUGUAGGAAAUAUACUGAGAAGGCCCUGUAUAUAUACAGGGAUACUGGCAUACUGGUCCAAGCCAAUUGUCUGGACCAGUACGCCAUCCCAAGCAAUUUUAUUUAACCCCUAAGGAAAAAUAAGUAGGAUCUCUUAUAUUUAAUGUGAAAAUAGCUAGGAAGGUUUAAAACACUAAAAUACAUCUCUGUACACUCUUUAACAUAUAUAUAUAUAUAUACAAACACAAUUGGAUGUUCCUCUGCUUGUUAGAAAAAUUACAGUACACAUAACUGCAUGUACUUACAAUGUGGCCAUAAGACUCUUUACUUGUGGAUUACUCACACUUUACUAGUCUCUCUCUCUCUCUGUCUCUCUCUCUCUCUUUUUGCUAAUUUGUUAACUUUCCAUGACCCCAUAAAGACUUCCAUAUUCAAACAUAUUUUCACAGCAGUUUGCAUCCAAGUAACAAGAUGUAGCUUGCAUUUAGAUUUGUACAUACACAGUAGAAAUUGACUUAACAUCUUUGUUAUAGGCCUAUUCCAUCCUAUUCAAAAAAAAAAGCACAGGUAGCAAACUGAACAUGGUCACUAUUUGUAAACUAAGUGUCAUAGCAAUUUAGCUCAAUGGCAUUUACCAAGAGGAGAAAAAUGAACGGAGCUCCAUUUGGCUUGCUACACCAUGCCUGUUAUAUUAGCCAAGAAAUCUGCAUCCUGGAACAGAUGUAAGGACCACAGCUGGUAGGACUAGCCUGAGACACUGUCUGGGACCUGGCAGGUACUGUAUGUUCAGACCCAGUAACACAAGGGCAAACAGAACACUGCAUUCUAGAUUCAUAUUACAUGACUUUUCUGUAGGUUAGGCCAUGGCCUUGAGCAGAGGCCGAAGAAAUGUUUUAAAAUAAACCAGUUUACUACUAUCUUAAACAGGAAAAAUUUCAUCAGUGUAAUGUGGACCGCUCCAACCUUCAAAAACGAUCUUAUGCUGUAACAACAAACCUAGAUUUAUAGAAAAAAAGUAUUGAUGGAAGUCCCUCUAGUUUCUUUUGAAGCAGACAUAGUUAUAUUCACACUUAGCUGUCCACACUGGCAGAACCAGAUAAGUAGCAACUUUAUGUAAGCAAUAUUUAUAUUGGUUAUCACUAAACUAUACUGGACAGAUAGUUUUAUCCUUCACGAAACGUGUGAGUCAUAUAUUUUGUACUGCUGAUCUCAUUCUCUAGAUUGAGUGUUUUGACAGCUGAGAUCCCAAGCCUACAGUCCAAGAAACAGCUCCUUCCCUAUGGAGAACAGAAUUGGAGGUGGCUUUGGGGGCAGUCUUUGGAAACCUAGCUGGCAAUGCAUACAACCUUAAGUGAGAAAAAUGCAAAUAAAGCCAGUUCAGCAAUCUUUACUGAUAUGUCUAGCUAAAUCCAGUGAAGAUCUCUGCGAAGAAUUAAAUCCAAGGACUAAUAGCAAUCCAAGCCAUAUGUAAACAUAUCUGCCUUUUGUUGCAACAAUUUUGUUGCCAGUGUGGUACAAAAAACUGUUUUGCUGUGCACCAGCUUUGUCUUACUGGGAGAAUUUCUUACCAAUUGUAAGAUAGUCCUCUUUUGUAUAUAAUCCUUGAGUCAGCCAAGCGAGUGUUGCUUGGUGACUUUGGAUGUCAGCUUAAGUGCAUGUUUCCCCCCCUCAAAAAUAAGAAUGUUUGUUGCAAUUGUAUUUAGCUGGAAAAUAUUGUCAGCCUGUCAUCACUUGAUCUUAUUUUUCCAUAUCUCUGUUUUUGAUGUUCUCUGAUGUGCCAAAAACAAUCAACAACAACCCUCCAAUAGCAAAAACUUUUUUUAUUCCAUGAUGAACUAUCCUUCAUGAUCAAUUUAUGUCAGAACAAAGAAAUUUCUUCCAAAAGUUUAGAUGUUGUUUGCUCUAGUCUAAAGUAGAUACCUGGCUUGUUUCUUCUUCCAUUCUUGUUGAAGUCAUCUUGUAUGUUAGAAUGAUAUCGUGUGUUGUGGUGGGUGGGGAGGGGUUGUUGUUGGUAGUGUUUGCUUAGAAAGGUCCAAAGUUGAGAUCUCACACCUCUGCCUUAUGCAGAGAAGUGUGUCAUUCUCACAAUUAUGUAUUUAGAACAUAGAACCUCUUAUCAGUGCUUCAGUUAAUAUUCCCAAAGCUUCUUUUGUUUUCCAAGAGGUUAUUUUCAUCAGAGAACUAGGGAGCGUAACUGAGAAAGCACCAAAAAUGAUUUGAAUUGGUGACCAGGUUUCACGUGCUUCCUCUUAACUCAGUUUCAAAACUGCUCUUUUUAGGAAAAGGGAUCUGAGACAAGGUAUAGUUCCUAUGGUUUGCACAAGCUCUUUCCCCAAAUAGUUCAAAUUCAAGUUUUUUUCUGUCACUGAGGAUGUCAAUAUCCUUUCUAGACAAUUGAGCCAAAUCUGUUUCUUAUGCCAAGGUGUGCGCGUACCUCAGGACCUCAAAAUAGUCAAUGACUGCAGCAAUAGGUAUAAACUUUAGCAAUGGCUUCUCAUGGGUAGAGCAAUGGGAGGGGCCCAUGACUGUUCUCUUAGUUACAUGCCAAAAUGCCUCUCUCCUGCAGAACAAAACUCCUAUUUGCAUUGUGUUGAGAACAGGGUACAAUUUCCUUUCUUUAAUAUGACCAGGGUAUGAUGCUGUGUCAAACGAUCAAAACUCUUUCUUGCCUUUGUUUGUAAUAUGCCUUGCCUGUUUUUCUCUAUUUGUACUUGCAAAAUUCAAUUUAACUUUUUUUCCCUGCUCCUUUUUGAAAUCUCUGAUUGAUCGAUGGGGCAUUCUUGUACAAUCUCUCAUCAAAUGAGAAAGCAGUUUAAUCAGGAACGGAGUGUGCCUUUCCACAUCUCUAAACUUUUCGAUUUCUUUCCUUCUCCUGCCAAACAGAACACAUCUUGCUUUGUACUUCCUUCCAUCGCUGGGACCAGAAUGACUUUCUGAUGUUAGCCAUUUUUUUCAGAAUUGCAAUGUGCUGACAUACAUCCUAGUUACCAUUUUCCUUUGUUAAAACAAAAUUGUUCGAUCUGAAACACUAGCUAUGUAUUACGAGGCGGUUUGGUUAAAACUUCUGGUGUCUACUGUAGUUCUCUACAUUUAGGAUUGGUUGGGAAGUCAGUUAUUUCUAGCAACUCCUACCUACAGUCUGAGAAAGUGGGGGCCGGAUGAUCCGGCUCCAAAAUUAACUUCAUAAAAUCUUUGUUCCAUUUCCUCAUGUAUAAUACCGUGGUUAAAAAAAAAAAGUAGAGCAUUUUGUUUGUUAGCAUUUGUGUCUUCAUGUUGUAUGUUCUGGGGUUGGGUGGGCAUAUUUGGUAAAAGAUGGAGCAAUUCUUUUAAAGGGGAUAAUCCUCCUUUCCAAGGAAAUCCCACUUGUGUUAUUAUUGCUGUGUAAUUAAAUUUGGAGAUAAGCCUUUUUUGCCAAUAAGGAACAAGGGUACUGCUUUUUCAUGCCAAUACCUUUUCUAUAAGAUACUUGAUUAAAGUCUGCCAUCAUGGAGAAACAGCUUUUUAACAAAUGGAGGACAUAUCAACUUCUGAAACUUUUACUGUGGGAGCUAAAACCAACCUGUGCAUGUAUGACUGUGUACAUGUAUAGAUACUAAUGUGUAAAAAAUGACCAUUUUCCAAAUAUCUACAUUUUUUAAAAAGUCAAGGUUUAGGUCAGUUAAAAAUGGCAGAUUUCUUUCCUGAUUUUGGUGUAGCAAUAAUGAUGACGAAUACUAAUUUAAAUGAACACCAUGCUUAGUCUUGCUUUUCUUCUUUAUUAAGGGCAAAUUUUUGAAAGAAAGAAAUGGCUGCUGGUUCCCUUUUGUAAAAUCAUCACUUCCUUUAUUCAUGCAUGAUGUAGUCUUUGACCCAGAGGCAGGAAACCAGACCCCAUCUAAGGAUCGGAGCCUGGCUGACCUCUGCAAAUAAUUCAUGAACUGAAGAAAGCAUUAAACAAACUUCCUGUG